AUGCCGGGCAUGAUUCCAGAGCUUGGCGUUGGAUUGCACGAUACAUCUGCGCAGUCUACGCCGCCUGCGUCGCCCACUGCGAGCUCCGGCUCGGAGACGAUGCAGGACGAAUUUUACGAUCUGCAUAAUACACAAGAGAUGCUUUCUGACGCAGCUGAUGCUGAGGCGCAGGCGCCGUGGCAGCCAACUUCGUCGUAUGCAGACCUCCCUCAUGAAAUUCUGCUGCAUGUGUUCCGAUAUGUAAUGGGAUCGCAGCAGGACCUGCAGGCGUGCCUGCUCGUGUGUCGCCGGUGGUGCGUGUGCGGCGUACAGCUGCUGUGGCACCGGCCGUCUUUCCACAAGCUUUCAUCGCUGUUUAAGUUGAUUCAUGUGAUGAUCCAGCCGGAUGCCUCGUUUCCGUACGCGUCGUACGUGCGGCGCCUCAACUUUAGCCUGCUGGCCGGCGAUUUGGACGACCAGCUCUUUGGCCGUAUGGACCUGUGUCACCGCCUCGAGCGCCUGACGCUUGCUGGAUGCUCGCAGGUAACUGAUGCGACGCUUGCACGUGUCCUGAGUCAGACGCCGCAGCUCGUCGCCGUCGACCUGAGCGGCGUCGUACAGUUGACGGACGCCACGCUGCAUGUGCUCGCCAAGCACUGCACCCGGCUGCAAGGCGCGAAUCUGUCGGGGUGCAAGCAGGUUACCUCGGACGGCGUUGUGCAGCUCGCGCAGCAGUGCCGCUCGCUGCGCCGCAUCAAGCUGGGGACGUGUGAGGAUAUCGACGGCCGUGCGUUUGUGCAGCUCAUCCGGUGCUGCCCCAUCCUGCUCGAGGCCGACUUUGUGGGCUGCCCCCGCAUCCAAGACACGAGCGUGCGCGAGGUGUGGCUGCAGCCGACGCUCCUUCGUGAGCUGAAGCUCGCGCACUGUGUCGCCCUGACCGACCGUGCGUUUCCCACGCCGGCCCUGCUGGAGGACCUGCAGCGGAAUCCCCCGGUGGCCGAGCUGGGCAGUGCGCCGACGCUGCUGGCGAACCCCCGCGUGUUCCCGGUGUGCGAGCAGCUGCGCAUCCUCGACCUUACCAACUGCGUGCACCUCACCGACGAGACGGUACGUGGCAUUGUGGCGCAGGCGCCCAAGCUGCGCAACCUGUCGCUGGCCAAGUGCGCGCAGCUCACCGAUGAGAGUGUCUAUGCGAUUUCCAAACUCGGGCGCAACUUGCAGUACUUGCACUUGGCCCACAUUACCCACUUGACCGACCGUGCGAUCAUUCACCUGGCGCACCACUGCACCCGCAUCCGGUACUUGGACCUUGCGUGCUGUGUGCUGCUGACGGACGCCAGUGUCGUGGUGCUCGCCGCGAACCUGCCCAAGCUGCGGCGCAUCGGGCUUGUGCGUGUCGCGAACCUGACCGAUGCGGCCAUCUACAGCCUCGUGGAGCGCUACAUGAGCCUCGAGCGCAUCCACCUGUCCUAUUGCGAAAAUAUCAGCGUGCCGGCCGUAUUCUGGCUGACGCAGCGUCUGUCGCGACUGACGCACCUGAGUCUGACCGGUGUGCCCGCCUUUCGGCACAACGAGCUGCAGAGCAUGUGCCGUCCGCCCCCGAAGGAGUUCAACCAGCACCAGCGCCAGUCAUUCUGCGUGUACAGUGGCCGGGGCGUCGGCGAGCUGCGGCGAUACCUUGCACGCGUGUACAGCGACGAGACGCUCGCUGCGCAGUUUGGCGCGCUGCACCCCGAUAUCCAGCGUGCGCUGGAAAGUAGCAUCGCACAGAGGAAGUAG